UUUAGUGGAUUCCCAGUGUUACCGUCAUGUUUUCUCCCCUCAUAAAUCUGUUUUUUACCCGCACUGAUUGAACUACCAUCGUGCUGUCUGUGUCUCCUUCAGGCCACGCUGACCCUGCAGGUUUCCUACAUCCCUCCUCCAGGAGCCGCUCCAAUCUUUCAGCCUCCUCCUCUGCCCGAGGCUCUGCCCCACAACAACCCCGGCGUGGAGCUGGACACCGUCACAAUGAUCUCUCUGGACACUCUGGGCGAGGAGGACACAGAGAGUAUGAUGAUGAUGGAGCAGACAGAGGACCAGGGGCCCGACGACGGACGCUCCAUGGUCAUCGCCGGCCCUCAGGGGCCCACGGGCCAGGAGUCCCCCACCACCCAGACGCCGAAACGCGCCCCACCGUCCUACAACACCCACGGAGGUCUGAGGAAGAGGAGGAGAGGAGCCAGCAGUCAGCCCAAACCGCUGCCCAACAAGCCACAGGACUUACAGGUUCGUGUGCGAGUCAUCGAGGGCCGACAGUUGCCGGGUAUCAACAUCAAACCUGUCGUCAAGGUAACGGUAGCCGGACAGACCAAGAGGACCCGAAUCAGAAAAGGCAACAACCCGUUCUUUGAUGAGACGUUCUUCCUGAACUUCUUCGAGACUCCGUCAGACCUGUUUGAUGAACCCAUUUUCAUCACUGUGUGCGACUCUCGCUCGCUCAGAACUGACGCUGUGAUCGGAGAGUUCAAG